UCUGCCUACAGAUAUCCAAGCGGAGUCCAUUCCAUUGAUUUUGGGAGGAGGCGAUGUACUCAUGGCUGCAGAAACUGGCAGUGGAAAAACUGGUGCAUUCAGCAUCCCAGUUAUUCAAAUUGUUUAUGAAACACUAAAAGACCAACAGGAAGGAAAAAAGGGUAAAACUACUAUUAAAACUGGUGGAGGAGUGCUGAACAAAUGGCAAAUGAAUCCUUAUGACAGAGGAAAUGCGUUUGCUAUUGGAUCUGAUGGUCUCUGCUGCCAAAGCAGGGAAAUAAAAGAAUGGCAUGGAUGUCGCGGAACUAAAGGUGUAACUAAAGGAAAAUAUUAUUAUGAAGUAUCCUGUCGUGACCAGGGUUUGUGCAGAGUUGGAUGGUCCUCUUCACAAGCUUCAUUAGAUUUGGGUACUGAUAAAUUUGGCUUUGGCUAUGGUGGAACCGGAAAGAAAUCUCAUAACAAACAGUUUGAUAGCUAUGGGGAGAAUGCUGAAUUAAAAUUCAACUUUGGUGAGGAGGACUUUAAGUUUCCACCCAAAGAUGGCUUCACUGCUAUCGAUAAAGCCCCCGAGGGUAACGUCGUGAAGUCCCAGCACGCAGGAAGUGCACAAGUAGCGCAGUCCAAGAAUUUGCCAAACGCUCCCAAAGCUUUGAUCGUGGAGCCAUCCAGGGAGUUAGCAGAGCAAACUCUGAACAAUGUGAAACAAUUCAAAAAAUACGUUGAAAAUCCUAAAUUGAGGAUGGCCUCCUUACUCAAGGUUAUUCAGAUUUCAUCAACCGCAUUCAUUCUCAGAUUCCCCAGAUAACGUCUGAUGGGAAAAGGCUGCAGGUCAUUGUGUGUUCCGCAACUCUGCAUUCAUUUGAUGUAAAGAAGUUAUCUGAGAAGAUUAUGCACUUCCCCACUUGGGUAGAUUUGAAAGGCGAGGAUUCUGUCCCAGAUACCGUGCACCACGUUGUUGUACCCGUGAACCCCAAAACUGACAAACUCUGGGAGAGGCUUGGCAAAAAUCACAUCAGGACGGAUGAGGUGCACGCAAAGGAUAAUACAAGACCUGGUACAAAUUCUGCAGAAAUGUGGUCAGAAGCAAUUAAGAUUUUAAAAGGAGAAUAUGCUAUUCGUGCCAUCAAGGAACACAAGAUGGAUCAAGCAAUCAUCUUCUGCAGAACUAAGAUAGAUUGUGACAAUAUGGAACAAUACUUUAUACAGCAAGGAGGAGGUCCAGAUAAGAAGGGACAUCAAUUCUCGUGUGUGUGCCUUCAUGGAGACAGGAAGCCUCAUGAGAGAAAGCAGAAUUUGGAACGCUUUAAGAAAGCAGACGUCAGAUUUUUGAUCUGCACAGAUGUAGCAGCCAGAGGAAUUGAUAUCACUGGUGUGCCUUACGGUAAGACUUAUAAACCACUUUACCGCCAUCAAGAAAGUCUACUCUUAGUGGAAGGCAUGAAGUUGUUGAGUUGACAGUUGCAACAGAAA